GAUCGCACGAGUGUCGCAGUGUUCAUUGAAAAACAAAAAGCCGGAACGCCCGAUUUAAACAAAAACCGCUGGCUCCCGAGUCCCCGAGCAGUCGCGAAUAAUCCCAAUGAGCGGAUUAAAAUCGCGAUUCGCCGAGACAGUGUCUUCUCCGGAGUGACAACUCGCCGUGCAGUUUCUGACCAACCGUUGACACAUUCGCGGGCGCUCGGUAGGUCAAAAUGGCGUGAGUUCAUCGAGUAAACGAACAAAAAACAAGUGCCCAAUCCCUCCCCUGCGCCGCGACUUCCGCCGAGAGCCCCUUCCCGCCCAAAUUAUUUCGCCAUCGCCAAAUGUUUUUGAGGUUAUGUGCAACCAGUGCGGGAUUUUUUUAACCUCAAAUCGUCGUUUUAUCGUGAAUAAUGUGAUUGAGUUUGCCGAUUAAUCGUGGUUUUAACUAGUGGAUUUAUUUUAAUUGAAUUAUGUGGACGUAAUGCCCGCAGGCGGUAACAGUCGUUUCCGUGGUUACCCAGCGCGGAUGUCCGAGCGACAACAGCUUGCACUUCUGCUGCAAAUGACAUCGCAGGAAAUUGUACCCUCAGCAGGUGUAACUCGUCCAGAAACUCUCCCAAAUCAAUCCACCCCUCGAUCGUCAUCCUUAACUCAUCAUCGGGGCUCGAAGAGUCGAUGGUCCACGAAAAAUGACGAAUCACCGACUUAUCGUAAGGAGGACUACCCUCGACGCUCGAUGAUCUUCAGUGGAUAUGAAAUCGGUAAAGAGUCUCAUGAAGCGACAGGGGCGAAUCCGUCGGAGGAGACAUCCUCUCCUGACAGUCCACGCUCGCCGUCAUCCGAGACCGGCACCGGUGCGCCUCCCAUCGUACGACAGGACCAACACGAUAGCCAGAAUUACCAACAAAGCAAAGUUUAUCAGCACCAACGGCCGACCGGAAAUACGUCGGCCGGAACCAAACAGGACGCUGAGGACAGUGGAGACCUCUGUGAAAUGCGUAGAACACCUCCGCAGAAUAAAGUGGACAGAUCGGGAAGUGGAACCGGAAGUUCGCCUCGAGUGACCCUGCGGCUGAAUCAGGUGCGGGGAGUGAGGGAUGAUAAGAAAUCGGCUGGCAGUGGCUCAAGACAGAGCAUGAGUGGUGCUAAUCAGGGACAGAUGGAGGCGGCCAAGUCCACUCCGUCGACGGUGCAGGGCUCGUCGUCCACCACGACGACGACGACGACGACUGCUGGUGCCCAGCCCUCGACGCCUUCCAGCGCGAGCUCGAGUGCUGGAGCGCCGGCAGUGGAUAACAGCGACGUCUACGAGUUCAAGAGCUCGAAGGAGGCGACACCGGUGAGGGGGUCGAGCUCAUCGCCGAAUCCCCCGGAGAAGGAGAAGGACACGCCGAAGGCGAGUGGUGGGGCGAGCCAGGUGGAGGCUCCGGCGAGCUCCUCUGAGAGCACUCCUGCGGCUGCUGGGGGCGCUGGGGCGGCCGAGGGAACGGCCGCCGGCUCGCCCAGUGCCAAACGGGCGUAUGAGGGGAAUGAGGACGAGCAGGACGAGGAGAACAGGAGGAAGAAGAGGAAGGAGUCCGAGGGGAGCAAGGACGCCAAGGGCCCCGCCAGCGGGAGAGCCAGCGCUGGGAGAGCUGCUGUUGGAGCUAGUGAAAAGUCAGACAAGCUCGCCUCAGUCGUAACAGCCUCAUCUAUUGUUGAACAGUGCCCCAAGACCGGAAAACAGGGUGCAGUCCCUCCAGGGAAGCCCCAACAGUCGUCGACCCCGUCGGAUCGCAAGAGUCCAAGUUCGAUAUCAGCGAGCAGCCCCAAGCCCCUGACAACCCCACCCACGAAGACCAGCACCCCAGCUCCAGAGUCAGACAGUGAGGACGAUCGCCCCAAGAGCUCGGACUCCUCGUCAGCCCCGAAGGUGCCACCCCUGAAAAUCGUCAUUCCCCAGACAACUGAGCAGGAGCAAACGAGAAACGGCAAGAACCCCUCGACCAGGGGCCACCAGCUGCCCUACGUGGUGGCCAGUUCCAACUCCAACGACUCCACCGACAAGGACCAGACGCAGUCGACAUCGGGGACGACGAGCCCCACAGAAGCCUCAGCCUCAUCAAAGUCAGAGGAGAAGAAGGACUUCUCAGGGGCUAUUCACAGCGAGGAGAGGUCCACCCACCACCAGAGGGUCCUCAGAAGCGCUCACAGGGGCAAUGGCAAUGGAUCCUCGAACUCGAAGGACUCCAACUCGAAUCAAUCAGGAAACGGCAGCUACUCGAACUCGUCUCCUCUCCCAGCAGCUGAUCGAUCAAACAACACAUCCCCUCAGCCGCCCGCCACUGAAGGCCCAGCGGAGCCAGCAAAAAGCGCCUCAGAGCCGGCGGCUGCUGCCCCCAAGGCGACUGCCAACUCUGAAAAGUCAGAGAAGAGCGAGGGGAAUGGGAAGAGCACGAAGGAGGGCUCAGAGAGCUCUGAGAACUCCUCUGGGUCGUCCAAUGCCAAUGCCAGUGUGUCGACUGCUGCUCCGGUGGAGCUCCACCCCAGGAAGAGGAAGAUGAAGCCAAGCAAGGAGGCUCAGCAGGCGGUGGCUGCCUCCAAUGAAGCCAGCGAGACUGCCAAUGCUGGCACUGAGGUACAUCCACACGAUCAACCCAUCACCAAUUGCUAUCAGCUGUUCUUGAAUAUCAGGAAGCAGAUCGAGAGGAGGAGGAAGGGACUGUUUCCUGUGCAGCCUAAACCCCCGCAGGGCUUCAAGGACUAUCUGAUGAACAGGUGCACGUAUGUGCUGGCGGGGAAUGCCAAUAAGGAGCCCAAUGUCAAUCCUCCGGGGAGCCUGCAGGGGCCCAUGAAGGAGUUGUAUGUCGAGCAGGAGAAGGAGAGGUACAGGCUGAGGAUGCAGCAUGUCGUGGAGAAGGAGAAGCUGGUGCUCUCGGUGGAGCAGGAGAUCCUGAGGGUUCAUGGGAGGGCCGCGAGGGCACUUGCCAAUCAGAUUCUGCCUUUCUCUGUCUGCACUAUUCUGAAGGACGAGGAGGUUUACAAUGUUAUCACUCCUGAGCAGGAGGAGAAGGACAGGAAUCAGAGGAGCAGGUACAAUGGGAGACUCUUCCUCAGCUGGCUGCAGGAUGUUGAUGACAAGUGGGAGAAAAUCAAGGAAGCAAUGCUGCUCAGGCAUCACAACGAAGCAGAGUCCCUCCACGCAGUUCAACGAAUGGACUGGGAGUGGAAGCUGAAGGAAGUUGGUCUCUGCGAGUUUAAAGCAACUCCUCAAAUCGACGAUCUCCAUGUGCCCAUCGUUCACGUCUCUGACGAUUUCGAUCUCCUCCCAGCUUGAAUUUUUUCACUCACGAGGCCAUUUCACCACAGUUGAGACCCCUUAUUUUUUGAAAUCAUCAUCACCACGAAUAACGAAAGGACAAAUCAUGUGUAAAAAUAUGAAAUUGUGCCUGGAUUCAGACAAAAUGUCUCCAGAAUAUUCAUCAACAUUUUUUAAUCAGUUGAAGCCACGUGCUGUGAUCUCUACUUCAUUUCGACAAAUUCUGCGAACAAAUGAAUCAAUUCACUGUAAAUAUUUUGUAAUUAGAGAUAUUAGGGUAAGAAUAAAGAGAUGUUUUUGGGAUAAAA